UCCAAUCAGGAUUGAGCAGAGGUCGGAGAGGACCAAUAAUGGAUCUCCGUGCCACAGCGGCUUGGUUUUCCAUCCAAUGAGCUGCGUGGAGGAAAAAUGCUGUCCACUGUGCGGCGCAUAACACAGUACAUGGAACAAGGCAGUGGUACAGUGGGUGACCGUGAUCAGAGGGGCUUGUACCACCUCUCGGAGAUCUAAAUCCGCCCCGUGAAAUCCGUUACGGCCGUAGUGGCUGGCGCAACCAUCAGUCGGAUUAUGGGCGUAUCGCGGUAGAGUCAGCCGGACGCUGGGAUCAUCCAGGAGCGGGUUCUGGACUGGACGCGGGCCGAGGGCCGCCUGCACCGCCUCCUAACCAGCUGUCGUCGGCCCUGUGCUUCUCAGAGAUCUCCCCCGCGAGCAUGGACUGACCCAUCCCGCCGCGGAUGAUUUGAUGGGGCUGCUCAGAGUCAUGAUGCCGCCCAAGUUGCAGCUGCUGGCGCUGCUGGCGUUCGCAGUGGCCAUGUUUUUCCUGGAGAACCAGAUCCAGAAGCUGGAGGAGUCCCGUGGAAAGCUGGAGCGAGCCAUCGCCCGGCACGAGGUGCGAGAGAUCGAGCAGAGGCACAUCCAGGACGGCCUGCGCGAGUCUGCGGCCGCGCCGCCCGACGGCGAGGACGACGUGGUCAUCAUCUACAACCGUGUCCCCAAGACGGCCAGCACCUCCUUCACCAACAUCGCUUACGAUCUGUGCGGGAAGAACCACUACCACGUGCUGCACAUCAACACCACCAAGAACAACCCGGUCAUGUCCAUGCAGGACCAGGUUCGCUUUGUGAAGAACGUGACGGAAUGGAGGGAAAUGAAGCCGGCCUUCUACCACGGACAUGUGUCCUUCCUGGAUUUCACCAGGUUCGGGGUGAAGAAGAAGCCCAUCUACAUAAACGUCAUCCGAGACCCCAUUGAGAGGCUGGUGUCCUACUACUACUUUUUACGUUUCGGGGACGACUACAGGCCCGGUUUGAGGCGACGGAAGCAAGGAGACAAAAAGACGUUUGAUGAAUGCGUGUCCGCGGGGGGCUCGGACUGCGCUCCGGAGAAGCUCUGGCUGCAGAUCCCGUUUUUCUGUGGUCACUAUUCUGAAUGUUGGAAUGUGGGCAGCCAGUGGGCGUUGGAGCAGGCCAAGUACAACCUGGUGAACGAGUACAUGCUGGUGGGGGUGACGGAGGAGCUGGAGGACUUCAUCAUGAUGCUGGAAGCAUCGCUGCCGCGCUUCUUCAAAGGAGCCACGGAGCUGUAUAAGACAGGAAAGAAGUCCCACCUGAGGAAGACCAGCGAGAAGAAGCCGCCAACGAAGGAGUCCGUUACCAAACUGCAGCAGUCCAACAUCUGGAAGAUGGAGAACGACUUCUAUGAGUUUGCUCUGGAGCAGUUCCAGUUCGUCAGGGCUCACGCUGUCCGGGAAAAGGACGGGGAGCUCUACCUGCUGGCUCAGAAUUUCUUCUACGAGAAAAUCUACCCCAAAAACUGAAGGGGGCUUUUCAGAACGGUCUGACUACAGCUGCACAAUGGGCCCCCCUCCAGCCUUUUAGAGCGAGCUAAAGUGCGACUUGGAGCGGCAGACUGGAGUUCUUUCUGAUUUUACCAGCCAGCUGAAUGUGGGGUUUGUGUUUCCCUGCAGAAGGGGGGGGGGGGGGGGUGGUGCAACUUGUGUAGUCUGUGCACUGUGUGCCAAAAGCUGCCUGGGGGGGCCUGAAAGACGAGCCCCCCCCAGCAUCGGACUCCUGUUGGGCCUCAGGAGAAAACAAACAGGUCCUGAACAGGAACGAGAGGCUUUUCCUGAAACCAGCUGGAUACUUUUUGGAAUAAUUUUCUUGAGUGACUGAACCUUUUCUGUAAUAAAGAUGGUGUGGUGUUUGAUCCUUUCCCGAGUAAGAAUGUGUGAUUUAUACUGAUGAUGUCGUCUGAAGCCCAGACGAACACGCUGCUUUUUGUCAAUACUUACUAGGAUGGAAAGAAUCUCAACUUUUACCGUUGAAGUCCCUUUUGUGUCGUUGUCUGUCAAACGUGACUUCUGCAAACAUUGUGUUUAUGUUAACUACAUUUAAGGCUGGAGACAGCAAACACAUUUUUUUUUUACGCUGUAAAGUCACAAACCCGCCUUCAUCUUCUUCCUGUUGUGACGUGUUUCCUGCUGAGGACUUUCUAGGUCGUGUCACACAGUCUUUAUGUACAUUUUGCUCAUUUUCCACGUAUGAAAUGUCGGAAUUUCAUUAGCCACGCGUGAUUUACGUCUUUCAUGAGUUCUUGUGUACGAUAUUCGUCAAUGUCCGUCAAGGGUUUCGGCUGACGGGUCUUUACGUUAAUUUGGUUUUGAACUGUUCAGAAUUUUUACAGAAUUAUGCAGUUUACAUAUUUUACGUACAUAUUUUACAUAUUUUAUGUAGUUUAUACGCAAUCAUUACAUAAUCUUAUGAAAUUGUGUGAUUUUGUGAUAUGCAGAUGCAAAUUUAUGUCUCUCCACGACUGUUCCACAGAUGCCUAACAGACAUUUCACCCAUGAACCACCGAUGUAUAACUUUAUAUCACGUAUACGGCGCACAUUUCAUGUUAAAAUUACGUAAUUGACACACGAACCACUAAUAACUUGUCUAUUAGUAAUGCAAUAUUCACACACAGUUUAUGUUCUAUGUUGAUUUACGUGUUCUUUGCGUGGUUCAUUCCUACUUCUUCCGUGGUUUUAACAUUGUUCAUUACUGAGACGUGUGAAAAUUUAAUGCAAAGACCACAACUUUUCUCUCUUUUUUCACGUUGAUUCACGUUUGACCAAUUUACAUCUGUGCAAAAUGCAUGUAGUGGCUGUGUGACAUGGCCUUAAAGAAAGCUCAUCUGCCGAAGCAUCCUCCGCCCCUCUUCCUGUUCAUGGAGCCAGUCCCUGCUCCUCUCAGACUCCAGAAGAUUUCAGCCCUUUAAGGCAUCAACUCAGUCAUUCUUGGAGCAUUAAAAUAAGGUGGAAAUAUUUUUUUUGAAAAGUUAUUUUUGGGCAGUAACGCACACAUCCACUUCAGUGGAAACCAUGCGUUUUAGGCUAACUUGGUAACACAAAAAAGGUCAUGUAAAAAGGAUUUACUAUUUGGUCCAUGGUUUAUUCAUCAUCAGUUAUAUCUAUGAGAAAUGUGACGGAGAAAAGAAAUCACCUUCUCACUUAUUUCAACAAUGCUAAGGCCACAGUUUUAGGUUUAUUUAAGUCGGUGCACUUAUAAAGUUCAAGGUUGGUUCUGCAAAAAGAAACCAUGAAACUCACCUCUAAAGACCUUGACUGCUAUAAACCCAGUUCAUUUAAACACUGCAGAUGGUUGUAUUCCCGUUCAGCCCACAUUUUAAAGAGCAGCAGGGGAAGUUGAGGAUUUUUGGAGUCUGUGCUGUGCAGGUCAAAUGUGACGAUCAUCAUUAGACCAGCAGGAUCAGACUCAGAGGGGGUGACCAUCCGCCCUGACCAGACCCUCAUUGCAUCUGGAUGAGUUGGGCCUUUGUUUUUUGAGCCAAACCUGAGCUCAUGCUGCUUUGGUGGCUGCAAAGUGCUGUGCUGUGUCCUUCAUCACCAUCAGCAUCCUUCCUCUGCACUGAAGCUCCAGUAUCAUGAGCUGCUGGGUUUCUGUUGUCCUCUGGCAGCCUUUCCUCCUGGUUUGAACCUCAGUAAAAUCCUGGGCUUUAAGGUGACGUGUCCGCCUUGAGACGGGUACCCUGUGGUGCUUGGUCAUCUGUCAUAUUUGCUGUUUCCACAACAACCAGUAUGGAGCAGCAGAGAACGUCCCGGUGGAAACGACUGCCUUGAGAGGACAAACAUCUCUACACAGCUGGAGGCUGCACUGUGUUUGCUGGAAGGCUAGAAGACAGGACCUCACAAUCUUCUGAUGGUACAAGUCCAGGAGCCUGAAAAACCAGCCAAAUCAUUAUCCCUCCACCACCGUGCCUGAGAGUGCUCUGAGCUCUGUUGUGAUGAGUGUGUACGUGAAGGCAGAGCAUCUCCUUUUUGCUCUCAUCUGUCCAGAGGACAGUUAGUUGAGUCUCAUGCUCUCUUUCAGUCUGUCUUCUCUGCCGUCGUUCUUUGUUCCGUCUUUUUCGGUGUUUCAGCAAGUAAACUCAGGUCCAUAAAGUCAAACUGUUUUCAUUUUCCAGGCUGUUGGGAUGUCCUGUCCUGGGACAGAAGGACUGACUGUGUCAUCUCUGACCUUUGAUCUAAGAGAGCCCUGCUGACCACUUGUGUAGAAAUGUACAUUUGAAUACCUUUGUUUUUACACGCUGCUGUUUAUCACAUGUUUUUUUUAUUCAAUGAUCUUAUGUCUUCAUAGGAAAAGUCAUUUCUGCUAAAAGAAGACUCUUUUUGUUUUCACCACUUCUCUUUUCUUCAUGACUGUUAUCCUUUUGUUGGUUUCUAAUGGUUGUUUUUCCUAAAUAUUUUUCCUUUUCUUGUUAGACAUGAAUUCUUAUGGUGGAUGAACAGUCGGACUUGAAUAAAAGCAGAUUUUCCCUCUC